GGCCGCCUUGAAUUCAAUGGUUUCGCAAGGAAAACACAUUUUAACUCGGAGAACUUUAAUCCGACGCGGCUUCAUCCUCCCCUUUACGAGCAUAGUUAGGAUAAUAUGUAACUCGGUUUGCGGGCGGACACGCUCCUCCUGGUCACUUUUUUUCAGCGUUCAGCCGCUAUACGCCACAGAAACUCGAGAUUUUCAGCCCCGCUUUAUUUCCACCCCCGAUGCAGUUAUGCAGAAUUGGAGAAAUGCAAUUCUAGCGCUGCUGGGCGCUACCUGCGUUGUGGUCUUAAUAGCAGUGCCGACGUCAAUUUAUUUAAAUGGAGGAUCUUCAAGCGAUUCCCAGAAGACGUACACGAUUGAAGACUACUUCAACAGCAGCUUCAAUUACAAGUCAUAUAAUAUGCGGUGGAUAUCAGACAAUGAAUACCUGCACAAAACAAGCAAUGGAACUGUGUUCCGCUACAAUGUGGAAACUGGAGCAGCCAUGAGCUUCCUGCUCAAGGAAACAUUUGCAAAAGUAGAGGCCAGUGAUUAUUUAGUGUCUGCUGAUACGAAGUUUGUAUGUCUGGCGAGUAAUUACAGUAAGAUGUGGAGACAUUCAUUCACUGCUUCAUAUUCCAUCUUCAAUACAGAAACACAGAGUUUUGUCGAGACAGGCGAUAACCUGGAAAAUGUGCAGUUGUUGGUAUGGGCCCCAACUGGGAACAAACUGGCAUACGUCCAGCAAUACAACGUGCAUGUGAAGCUACAGACCACGUCGCCGGCUGUUAAGAUAACCACAGACGGGCAGGAGAACCUCAUCUUCAAUGGAAUUCCAGACUGGGUCUAUGAGGAGGAAAUGUUCUCAUCCACCAAUGCCAUGUGGUGGUCUCCUGGUGGCAGGUUCCUGGCAUAUGCCAAGUUUAAUGACACUCAAGUCCACAAUAUUGAAUAUUCUUGGUACGGAACGGGGCAGUACCCAGAAACAGUCAACAUUCCGUAUCCUAAGGCCGGUUCACCAAAUCCUGACGUAAAGCUGUUCGUUGUCGACACCGCAAAUAGCUUCACGGUGAAGGAGGUUGUUGUGCCAAGUUCAGUUGGAGAAAGUGAGCACUACCUGAGCAGUGUCAUCUGGGUCACCGAUGAACGCAUCGCCGUUCAGUGGCAGAAGAGGAGCCAGAACCACGUCACACUUCAGCUAUAUGACUUCAACGGCACAGUCUGGGUGGAGAAAGUGAAUUAUGUGGAAACAAGUGAGACUGGCUGGGUUGGGCAGUUCUCCCCAUUGCCCCCUUUCUUCACGGUGGACAAUCUCAGCUUUUACCAAGUGAUGAGCAACACCCAAGGGUACAAGCAUAUCCAUUACGUUAAUGCAAGCACGCGGGUACCCAUCACCUCAGGAGCGUGGGAGGUAAUCUACAUCUCCAGCGUGACCGCUGACGCCAUAUAUUUUGUAAGCAAUGAACACAAUCAAAUCCCGGCCCAGAGAAACCUCUACAGGGUUGCGACUGGAGGUGUAUCACAUGAGCGCCAGUGCCUCACUUGUGCCCUGGACACAGACAGAUGUCAGUACAACUCCGGGUACCUCAGCCAGAAAGCCUCCUACUACAGAAUGGAUUGUUCUGGGCCUGGUCUACCUUUAUUCACACUCAGGGAUACCAGAGGUGCCGGCUCAGAGAUCAAGGUUCUUGAGGACAACAAAGAUCUGGAGAAAAUACUGGAGAAUUUGAAAAUGCCGAGCAUGCGCCGGGACAAGAUCAGACUGGGGAAGUUUGACCUUUGGUACCAGAUGAUUUUACCACCAGAUUUCGACAAAUCAAAAAAGUACCCUCUCUUGAUUGACGUGUAUGCUGGGCCCUGUAGUCAGAAGGUCGAUUACCGGUUCAGGCUGAGCUGGGCUACGUACCUGGCCAGCACAGAAAACAUCAUAGUCGCCAGCUUCGAUGGGAGGGGAAGCGGUUACCAGGGCGACGAAAUAAUGCACUCCAUUUACAAACGGCUGGGCACGUACGAAGUGGAGGAUCAGAUAUCAGCCGCUAGGAAAUUCAUUGAGAUGGGAUUCGUAGACAAAGAGCGCGUCGCCAUUUGGGGCUGGUCUUACGGAGGCUAUGUAACUUCCAUGGUUCUGGGUGCUGGGAGCGGAGUUUUUAAGUGCGGAAUGGCUGUUGCUCCAGUAUCAAAGUGGGAAUAUUAUGACUCGAUAUACACUGAACGCUACAUGACCCUGCCUGUGGAAAACGCUGACUUUUACCGGAAUUCCACAGUCAUGGGUCGUGCCAGAAAUUUCAAAUCAGUGAAUUACCUGCUGGUUCACGGCACCGCAGAUGACAACGUGCAUUUCCAGCAGGGGGCAGCGAUCUCCGAAGCACUCGUCAACGAACAAGUGGACUUUGAGGCCAUGUGGUACACGGACAGAGACCACGGCCUUCAGGGCUCCGCCCAUCGGCACGUCUACACCCACUUGAGUCACUUCCUGCUCAAGUGCUUUGACAAAGCCAAGUAGAGCGACAACAGGCUCCGGAACGGUCCAUUCAGAUAGAGGUGGACACAGCACGUCAUGUACACAAGGGUAGAGACAGACAGACGGAUGUACUGGGGGGGUAGCUGGACCACGCUGGUGAAGGACUCUCAUCUGGUACUUACAUGUUGACUCUUAAAAACUCUGUACAUUAUAUUCACCCCAUCUCUGCCUUUUCCUGUGCAAUUAUGCCUUUUUUGUCUGUUGAUUCAGUGUGUAAAACGAGUCUUAUUGCCUGUAUUCCAAUUGGACGAAAAAGCUCCCUGACACAUUCAAACUGUUAUGGACAUGAACCAACACUUUUCAUGAUUUUCCCAUGUUCUGAUAUUUAUGUGAUGACUUAUAAACUUCAGCAAAAUGCAGACCAAAGACCAGCUGUGAUGUAUAUUUACACAGAAGACUAUGUAAGGUGUAAUAAAUUAAUGAAAUUA